AUGGAUCAUGGAACCUCCCAAUACGAACAUCUCUUGUUUAGCAACUCUAGAGAAGCAGUCGAGAACUCGUUCAGAGAAUCUAUUGAUGUUACUUCCUUCCGCAGCACAUCCACCAGCAAUUCAAUACUUCUCAAUAACCUGAGGCAAUCCCCCCAAAUACCGCUCUUGCCAGACUCCCACAUAAAUCCGGAAGGCCAACAGAGUUCUUCUGAUGGUCCCACAGAUGAACCUUCCGUUACCGGAACAUCACUGUCUUCUCCCACCACAACAGUCCGUCCCAGUCGGCUUCGCAGCUUCCUUUCGUUUUUGAACGACUGGUGGUUUUGGGAACUUAGCGGCAUCAUAAUGGGUUCGAGUUGCAUUGCCGCUGUCAUUGGCAUCCUCAUUCAGACAAACGGCAUGGCUCUUAACAACUGGGCUUAUUCGAUACAACCAAACACCUUAGUCUCUAUAUUCAUGACUAUUACCAAGGCAGCUCUGUUAGUUCCAAUCAGUCAAUCUAUCAGUCAAAUCAAAUGGAUCCACUUCUAUGGAAAACCUCAAAGAAUACUAGAUCUUCAAUCCUUUGAUGAUGCUAGCCGAGGACCUUGGGGAUCGUUGCAAUUCUUGAUAGGAAUGAAGACCCGCAACUUGUUUGCGUCGUGCGGGGCGUUUAUGACUCUGGCAGCUAUGACAUUGGAUCCGUUGGCUCAACAGAUAGUCGCAUAUCCUUCGCGACAGGUCCCUCUCGUCCAUGGAGACGCGUAUGUGAACGCCACACAGAAACUCGACUUUCAAGGAAUUGCCGGUAUUCAAAACUCACUGGAUACUGAAACCCAAGGUGCUGUAUUCCAAAGGACUGCCCUGAACUCUUCCAACCUGUUCCGCUGUACAACCUCACAAUGUCAUUGGGCUGAACCAUUUUCCACUUUGGGUAUCUGCAGCACAUGCCGCGACGUUUUAUCCGAGAAACAAGCAUAUUGCAGUACUGUAUCCGACUCAUACGACUUAACGAAGUAUGCUUGCAAUUAUACGAUUUCCGAACUUUCACUCCCUGUGUUUACCAUCGACAAUGGAACUGAGCGCUACGCGUGGACAAAAAUGCUUACGGCUGUCGAGAGCGACGAAAUUCUCCGAGGCAACAAGUCUAUCAUAAGACCGAAAAGAUGCCUUACGCUUCCCGAAAAAGACUCCCGAUGCUUAACCAGUUUUAUUCACUAUUACUCAGAAUUUGGAAAUUUUGACGAAGUCGUGCUGCGUCGACAAGACUAUACCUAUUCCCCUUUAGCAAAUUACAAUAUCAAAGAAUGUGACAUAUAUUGGUGCGCGCGCGAGUACGAGGAUGCGCGCGUCUCAAAUGGGUCUUUCUCCGCAGUACUAAACACGUCUCAUACUCUCGAAGAAAUCACCAAUCUCAACAGCACCAAAGAGUGGGAAUCAUUUGAUUCACAUGAUGCUUUGUACCUGGACGAGAUCAUGUAUCUACGUCUUCCAGAGGACCUUAAAAGGAACGAAACUUUCGUCAUUGACAUCCGGCAACACAAUGCGCUAGCGCAACUCCUCAGUUCUAUUAUGCGCGUCAACCAGACCGCUAACUACUCGUCGUCGGGCGUUGAACAGUCAGACUACUUCGGUAUUAUGAUUGUAAAUGACAAUAUUACGCGUUUCAUCGAAGAGAUUGCAGAAAGUCUGAGCAACCGCAUUCGCUAUGCCGACUCUUCCUACCGCGUCCAUGGUACCGCGUUCCGAGACGAGACAUAUAUCUCUGUGCGUUGGAAGUGGGCUGCCCUGCCGCCGGCUCUGCUGCUUCUUACGGCGUUCUACCUUGCGUGCGCCGUGCUACAGAAUGCGAAACGCGGGACGGCGCUGUGGAAGUCGUCGAGUUUGGCGCUGUUGUUCCAUGAGUUGGAAGGGUGGCAGAAGAAUGAGUUGGCGGUUAAAGACAUGGAAGACUUGCAACACGCGGUUGCCGAUAUACGGGCGCAGGUUGGAGAUGAGAGUGGCGGGCUGAAGUUUGUGCGGUGUUGCUGA